AUGUCGUCGAUAUCGACUUUGGAGUUUGCGUGGGAGCAUAAAUCGUUGUGGUCGGGAUACUUGCGGAACGAAAUUAUUUUCUGCUGGAGAGUUGCUCAAACGAAUAAACUCGAGUUGCUCAAGUGGGCGCGAGAAGAGAAAAAGUGUGAGUGGGAUGGAUCGACGAUUAAUGCGGCAGCAUAUCAUGGUAAUAUGGAAAUGGUAAAGUAUUGCGUGGCAAAUGAGUGUUCUAUCCAUAUUCAUGCGUGUGCAUUUGCUGCCUUAAAAGGUCAUCUCGAGGUACUCAAAUACUUACGCGAAGAAGUCAAAGCGCCUUGGGGUUCAGAAACUGCCACUUUCGCGGCUGGAAAUGGUCAUCUUCAUAUACUCGAAUAUCUUGUUGAGCGUAAGUAUUAUGAAUAUAACGGAGAUGCGUGUCAGUGGGCGGCCAUGUCCGGCCACUUGGACUGUUUGAAGUACUUACACGAAACCGCCAAAGCGCCUUGGGACAAAGAAGCGGUACGCUACGCGCACGAGAACAAACACCCCGAGUGUUUACAAUACUGCCUCGACAACGACUGUCCUCUCCCAGAAGGCUGGUCUUACGAAGAUGGAGAGUUCCACGUGCCAGACAAUUCGGAAUCAGAAUCAGAAUCAGAAUCAGAAUCAUAA